AUGUCCUCACCGACCUUUUUUUGCGCGCUCAAAACAUGUAGCACCGGCGCUACGACAAUGCCAGGAAACAUUCUAUUCCUGAGCAUAUUGUCAAUCCUGGCUAUCGGACAAUUGUACCUGGGGACAAGAUGCCAGACGGGUCUGGUCUGCAUCUCGAUGCUUCUCGGACUCAGCAGUGAAGUGCUAGGAUAUAUCGCUCAAGUGCUCCUGAAUGGGGAUCCAUUUGUGCGAAACUAUUUCCUGUGGUACUUGUUCUGCCUUACUCUCGGCCCGCUGCUCAUGGCGGCUGUCAUAUAUCUGUGUUUUGGGAGAAGUUUGGUUGUGCAUGGAGAGAGAAUCAAUCGAAUUCGAGCGAAAACGCAUACCUUGAUCUUUAUGGGCUGCGAUAUCCUCAGUCUUGUGAUUCAGGCGGGAGGAGGAAUAGCGGCUUCCUACCCGCUGACAAAUAAAUACAUAAUCGAUAUGGGCACGCACAACCUCGUUGCGGGUCUGUCCCUCCAGGUUGCGAGUCUCUUCGCGUUUUCUUGCUGCAGCCUCGAGUUCCUUUACCGGGUGCAUAGCCAAAAGAUACUUGUGAGCCCCAGGUUCGCAGCACUCGGUAUAGAGACGGCCCGCCUCAUCGUCCGAACCGUCUUCCGUUCCGUCGAACUCAGCGGUGGUUUCAGGGGCCAUUUGGCAAACAGCGAAGUACAAUUCAUGGUUCUAGACGGAGUGGUGGUUAUUAUUACAUGCACUUGCUUGACAAUUUUCCAUCCAGGGAUUGAGUUUGGAGAUCCAUGGGCUGAAGCGAAAUUCCCGUUCGGGCAGGCAGUGGUUGAGAGUGAUCUCGAGGUUGUUGUGGAAGAUGCGGGUAGAGAGAAGUUAGGGUCAACUGGGAAAGAGGGGACUGUAAUGGAAUUGAGAGAGUCAAGUUGAGGUGAGAAGUUGAGAUCGUGGCCCCUGGGAACCAACCAACAUUUAUGAAUCACUUUCCUCAUUCGUCGGAUUAGAAGCCAAUAGAGUAAUGGUAAAUAUGAGUACUCAACUGCAAGGAAAUUGAAGAAAAC